CUUGUAUGAUAAUAAUAAUAAUAAUAAUCAAUGUUUAGUCAUUGCGGGAGGUAAAUUUCGAGAAGAGCCUUGAUUCUUGAUUCCUGAUAGGAUUAAUAAUUUUGUUUUAACUAAUACUUGUUUUUAAACCGUUUAUGGCUCGUUAAGAAGAUUGAAACGCUUGCUAUUUAAAAACAAAACGAAAAGACUCAAUUUGUCAGUUCUCAUCUUCAUCUUAAACUCUAAUCUCAAACUUAAAAUGACUUUAUUUGUAUCUUUUUUGUUGCUUACAUUACCCAUCAUUUCAAACUGUCUCCCAUUGUCUCAUCAAGAGUCGCAAUCGGCUUUCCAAUCUUUUGACACUGAAUUGACUGAUCAGGUCUGUGGUCGCAAUACCAUCCCAAGAAAAGUGCCAUUCUACGCUUCAAUAGAAGUAGAUGAUUCAAUCUUUUAUUAUAAAAAGUGUAGUGGUGUUUUAAUUGCAAAUCGAUGGGUAUUGACUGUGGCCCAUUGUACAUUCAGUUCUUCUGGAACCGUAAGAGUUGUUUUAGGUGACAAAUGGAACAACAAAACGAUUGGAGUUGAAAAAAUUCACAUUCAUCCGGAUUUCAAUCAAAAGAAAAACAAUAUCGCCCUGUUAUUAUUGAAAGAAAAAGUUCAGUUCAGUAAAAGUAUCCAACCAAUUUGUUUACCCGAACCUGGAGAAGAUAAAACUUUUUAUGGUCGCCAUGGAACACUGGCUGUCUGGGGAAAAAUAAAUCGAAACGAGAGAAAAUUACCUCCAAAACAUCUAAUCACCACUAUGCCGAUCAUUAAACAUUAUGAAUGUGGAGAAUCAUACGCAAAAGUUUGGUUCAGCGGUUUCAAAAAAUUUGCUUUAACUGAGUCGUCUAUAUGUGCUGGUUACCCGAGUGAUGUAAAAGACGUAUGUUUUCCUGGGCCUGGCAAUCCGUUGAUGGUCAACGUUGAUAAACAUUGGGUACUUGCUGGAAUUUCAAUGAAUAACAUAGACUGUGAGAAGCCGGUUUUACCCGAGAUUUAUCUUAGAGUAGGAUUUCACUUGGAUUGGAUUAAAAGAACAGUUCACUAGUCAUUACAGUUUGUACCUUUUAUCUUGCAGAAAUUAAAUAAAGAAAAUAAUAUUAGUUGAAA